CAGACAGCUUGUUUUCCGUAGUUUGUACACAAAUCUGCCACAUACAAGCAAUGUUCUAACUGAUAAGACGUACAACAAUCAAAGCAAAUCAAUUCAAAAUGGUUUUGUUAACAAUGAUAGCCCGGGUUGCAGAUGGUUUGCCACUGGCAGCCUCAGUUCAAGAGGAUGAACAGGCCGGUAGAAGUAUGAUGGAGUACCAGAACCAAGCAAAACAGCUAUUCCGUAAGAUUUCCAAUGAUCCUCAACCCCCAGCAAGGUGCAGUUUGGAAUCGGGACCAUAUAUUUAUCACUACAUUAUUGAACGUGGUGUGAUGUAUCUUGUUCUUUGUGAUAAAACAUUUUCAAAAAGACUUGCAUAUACAUACUUAGAAGAUUUACAAGGAGAAUUUUCAGCGCAGUAUGGAUCGAGAGUAGAAACUGUAUCCAGACCAUAUACUUUUAUAGAGUUUGAUACAUACAUCCAGAAAUGUAGGCGGUCUUACAUGGACUCUAGGGCCAGAAGAAAUUUGUCGAAUAUAAACACAGAACUACAGGAUGUUCAAAGAAUUAUGGUACAGAAUAUUGAUGAUGUGUUGCAGAGAGGAGAAGCGUUAUCAGUUCUAGACAGCAAAGCCAGUAAUUUAUCAACACUUUCUCAGAAAUACAAGAAAGAUGCAAAAUAUCUCAAUUUGAGAUCGUCGUAUUUCAAAAUUGCCAUUGGAGUUAUUCUUGUGGUUUUUAUGCUGCUGUUUUUCCGGUAUUGGUUUUUCUGAGUGGAGGAAGUGGACAACAAAUGACAGAUUGGUGAACAAUGACCUUCUUUCGUGUCCGUCAACUCCCUAGUGUACAGGUUCCAGGUGAUACUGGAAAUGUUGCCUGCACAAAUCACAGUCAAGUCAUCAGCUUCAUGAGGUGUCAAAGACCAUGGAUUUUUUUUUUUCAUUAUAUAUAUAUAUAUAUGUAUAUGUGUUGUGGAUUCAUCUUGAUGACUUUUCCCAUGAGCUGGAGUACAUUGAAAAUAUCAGUGUUUGACAAAUGUUUGAGGAAGUCACUAGCCCUCACAAAAGCUUUGGCUAGUGUCCUAUGUAUUAUAGUAAUAUAGUUGAUAAUUUCCACUAGCUCAGACCAAACAGUCGCUAGGGCUAUUGGAUUUGUCGAACUGUUUUGGAAAUCCUGAUUAUGAUAUAGUUAUAUGCUUCAUGCAUUUAGGAUGAUGAGACACUUGAUUUUAUUUUACACUAGUCAGAGCUUCAAUCAGCCGAUUUUUCAUACCAAAAAACCUUGAUGACUACAUCAUGAUACAUCAGAUGACAUCAUUAUGGCAUCAAUAAUUUUAUGCAUUACAUUUUUCCCAGCAAGGAUACUGGAUAGCAAAGCUCGAAGUUAAGAAUUUGUUACGUACGACAAUAUAUUUGUAAAGGUAUUUGCCAUAAGCAAAAUGCUCACCGUAGGCAAUGUUGAGGCUGCUUACAGCAAGUUUAUUAAACCACUAAAUUUUGCAACAAAUAAAAUACAAAAUUGAAAACUAAAAAUUAUUAAUGUUUCCUAUGUCGGGGAACAUUUAGUUCAGUGUUGCAAUUAACUACACAAUUUUUCAAAAUCGCUACACAAUUUUAAAACAUUAAACAGUAGAUACUAACCAAUUUUCAAUUGACUAGAAAUAUUGCUAAUCAAGAUUUUGAAAACAAAAUGUUCCCUGUAUGUCAAUAAUUUGUAUCCAGUGGCAGAAAGCUGUCAUUGGUUAAAUCCCUGAGCUAUAGCAAUUCAUAUCACAGCUUUGGCGAUUGCCAUCAAGUCCGCCAUUGUUAAGUUUAAGCCUUGGGAUAGAAAAUCCAUUUACGAUGUAGGGUUACUGAAUCCAUUACCUUUUUGUGAAAGGUUUUCUUUGAAGUGCACACAAAGAUGUCUUUGUGCAGAUGGUUAAUCUUAAUCUAAGACUGCUUAAUUUUAAUCUAAGGGUGCAUUAUCUUAAUUUAUAAUUUUGGACCCAUUUAAAAUUCCGCAAUCAAUACAAUGUAUGUUUGUGCAAAUUUGUUACACAUGUAUAAAACUUACUUUUUUUUGUCCCAGUUUUUGUGUGUAAUGCUGUUUACUAAUUUAUGUUAAAAAGAUUUAAUACUGAACCUUUGUAACAUCUGACAGUUCAGGCUAAGGCCCACUUUUCAUUAAUGUACAUGUACCUGGCAAUUUUAUUUUAAAUGUUGGUGGUAUAAUUGUAUUUCUGUGAUCCCUACAACUCUUUAACAAAGUUUAUCAACAUGUCUUGUUGUGAGAUUUAUGACUCUCUUUCCAGUAUUGGUCCUGUACAAUUGGUACCACAGAUUUCGACAGUUACCUUCUCAAUGAGGUUGAGGUAAUUUUAUUUACAUGCCUAUAUCCAUACAUGGUUCAGGCACAUCUGUUCCAUGUGCAGCUUUUGGCAAGGUCAGUUGCUUAGCAUGGGACAGACCUUCGCAGUGAAGCUGACUGUGAGCAUUCAGUGUAGUGAUGUCAACAAGCGGAAAAUCAUGCCUAAAAAAUUCUCAUUGAUCAAAAUUUAUUUUCUUUGUGCCGAAUGCUUUCAGAAACAUUUUUAUUGAAAAUAGCCUAUUUCUCGUUCCAGCUAGUGCACCAUGACUAGUAUAUUAUUAUCAAAGGCUAUGGUAUGUGCU